AUGGCUGGAGUUGUCGUUGUCAGCUCCGAGGAUCACUGGAGGUCAACCCUCAACGGGGCCAAGAAUGACGGCAAAGUGGUGAUCGUGGAUUUCACCGCCACUUGUUUCUGCUUCCGAAUAUUGCAGAACGUGGCAGCGGAGUGUAAAGUUGCCGCCAUGCCGACCUUCCAUGUUUUCAAGGGCGGUGAGAAGGUGGAUGAGCUUGUUGGAGCGAGCCAGGAGAAGCUUCUUAAGUUGAUCCAGAAGUACGCUCAGUGA